UUCCGCAUUUCUUGCCUUGUUUACAUCAGUCGGGAGACCGAGACGGACGAUAUAUUUAAUUCGUCCUGUUUAGUGUUUUCUAAAACAUGACGGAUCAAAAACCAGAGAAUAUCAGUUCUAUACCCAUUGAUGGAUUCAGCCACUUAAAAAUAACGUCCAUAUGGACUUUCCUCAUGUCUGUUCAGUGGUCAGAGCCGUGGCUGGUCGGGCUGCUGCUGUUUCAUGUGGGGUGUGUGCUGGUGACCGCGGUGACCUGCAGGUAUUACAGAGCGCAGAUCUGCCACUUCCUGCUCACUGUUGCACUGGUUUAUAGUGCUGAAUAUCUAAAUGAGCUGGCAGCUAUGAACUGGAGGUCCUUUUCAAAUUUCCAGUAUUUUGACUCCAAGGGCAUGUUCAUUUCAUUGGUCUACUCAAUUCCUCUUCUUCUCAAUGCAAUGAUCAUUGUGAUGGUGUGGGUGUACAGGACCUUUUCCGCCAUGACUGAACUGAAGACACUUCAGCUGAAGAGGAAGGCCCGCCAAAAGAGAGAGAAGAAUGACUGAUCCCUCUCCGUAUGUCCGUACAUGGGCUUCGUUUGGUGGAACUUUGAAUAGCUUCUCUGCUAAUCCAGAAUUUUGGAAAAAGAAAGCAGAUUCUUGUGACUUAAAAGGAUUGUUCGGUCAUGUCAAUAAUAUCAGGAAUGGGGGUCUUUUUUUCUUUUCUUUUUUCCUUUUCUGCAGUGUCAAUUGACAUAUGAUGCUGCCGUUUUGGAUUUAUGGACACCAAAGGACAUUAACUGUUUUGUAUUAUUUUUGUCUUCACUGUUUUAAAAUGCAAGUUAAAAAAAUAUUUUUUAAUAGCUUUUUCUUGAGUUAAGCAUAUGAACCAUACAGAAAAGAGAUGUUUGUGUGUUUUCUUCUAACACAUGACCAGCAGGGAAAACAAGGAAGCAAAGCUAGAAGCAUGUUUUUUUUUUUUUUUUCAAAAUUACAGUGUUUCGUUUACAGCCCCUCAAAAAUGGCAGAUUAAGGUUUUGUAUCCAACAUCAGUCAUCACUAUUUUUUAGACAUAUCCAUAACAUAAACCAACGAAUGGAAACUUUACUUUUACAUAAUAAAAAUACCAUACAAUACA